CAAUACCAUUUACCCUGGCCAACAUUGGGAGACACAUUUUGGCAAUAUGUCACAUUUUCAAAGGCGACGACGACAGUUUGGCGAACCUUGUGAUUGUCUAAAGCCGCUGAUACGAAUUUUUGGUAUAAUGGCAGCUUUUGUUAUUUGCGGCGUUGGAGUCGAUGUCUAUGUUCAUGGCUAUCAGGCGGGACUAUUGAUAUUAAUUUCAUCAAUAAUUAUUUUAUUCUUUGAAAUCAAAUGGGUCAUAACUCUUUUUCUUCAAUUAAUAUUUGGCAACGAUAACUACUCCAAGUGUUUGCGUUGCUGGGAGUUUAGCAAAUACUUUGGCAGUUGGCGUCUAUCCCUGCCGUACCUAACAAUUGGCCUGACUCUUAUGCUGUGGCCCCACAAUUUAUGGUUAAGCUAUGUUGCCGGUGGUCUACUGAUGUUCGUGGCAGUGCUGCGUCUGUGUCUAGUCUUCCGGUUCAGUCAUGCGAGGUCGAAGGAUGAGGGUCUAUUGCCGCAUUGUGAUUUCGAAAAUUUUACAUUUGUUUCGUUUUCCAGAGUUGACAGUGGCCCGGAUAUCGCUGAGGAGGGAUUUGUUGAAAUUGUACCCAGUCUGGAUGAAGAUGAGGCCUUGGAUGAUGUUUGUUAAUAUUUGGUGAAAAUUUAAGAAAAAAAAA